CUGUCGGUGGUGAGCGACGACCAGUCCCUCUUUGACUCCACGUACGGCGCUGCCACUCACCUCCCCAAGGCGGAUAUGACAGCCUCAGGGAACCCUGACUAUGGCCAACCGCACAAAAUCAACCCUUUGCCUCCGCAGCAGGAGUGGAUUAACCAGCCUGUCCGGGUCAACGUCAAAAGGGAAUAUGACCACAUGAAUGGAUCAAGGGAGUCCCCUGUAGACUGUAGUGUGAACAAAUGCAGCAAACUCGUCGGAGCAGGGACAGAGUCCAACCCCAUGAGUUACAGCACCUACAUGGAUGAGAAGAACGGGCCUCCUCCCAACAUGACCACCAACGAGAGGAGAGUCAUCGUCCCAGCAGAUCCCACCCUAUGGACCCAGGAACACGUGCGCCAGUGGCUGGAAUGGGCUAUAAAAGAGUAUGGAUUAAUGGAGAUCGACACCACCAUCUUCCAGAACAUGGACGGCAAAGAGCUCUGCAAAAUGAACAAGGAUGAUUUCCUCCGAACCACCUCCCUCUACAACACAGAAGUUCUGUUGUCUCACCUCAGUUACCUCAGGGAAAGUAGCUCACUGCUGGUCUACAAUACUCCAUCCCACACAGAAGCUUCCUCACGUCUUGCCACCAAAGAAGAUCCGAUAGGUGAUGCAGUCAGGAGAACAGGAUGGGGCAGUAACGUGAAUUCUGGCCUCACCACGAGCCCUCCUGUUGCAGGGACGCAAAAUGUGAAUAAGACGACAGAACAGCAGCGGCCCCAGCCAGAUCCUUAUCAAAUCCUGGGGCCCACCAGCAGCCGUCUUGCCAAUCCAGGGAGCGGGCAGAUCCAACUGUGGCAGUUCCUCCUGGAGCUGCUGUCGGACAGUUCCAACGCCAGCUGCAUCACGUGGGAAGGGACCAAUGGGGAGUUCAAGAUGACGGACCCUGACGAAGUGGCGCGGCGCUGGGGAGAACGCAAAAGCAAGCCCAACAUGAAUUACGACAAGCUGAGCCGAGCCCUGCGAUACUACUAUGACAAGAACAUCAUGACCAAAGUGCACGGCAAAAGGUAUGCCUACAAAUUUGACUUUCAUGGCAUUGCCCAGGCUCUUCAGCCUCAUCCCACUGAAUCGUCGAUGUACAAGUACCCAUCAGAUCUCUCCUACAUGCCGUCUUACCAUGCCCACCAGCAGAAGGUGAACUUUGUUCCCCCGCACCCUUCUUCUAUGCCUGUCACAUCGUCCAGUUUCUUUGGAGCAGCCUCACCUUAUUGGACCUCCCCUGCAGGAAGCAUUUAUCCCAACCCCAAUGUCCCCCGCCAUCCCAACGCCCACGUAUCACCGCACUUGGGCAGCUAUUACUAGAUGCUUUUAUCUUCAAGUGGCCUUUACCAGUCUGGUUGGACAUUUCCUUUAUUUCUGUUAUUUCUAUGGGUUUUUUUUGGGGGGGACCCUUCAUGGAUAAUUGUGGCCUUUCUGGGGAAGAAUUAAAACUGGAUAUUGGUUAUUCCUGGAUCAAACCUUUUACUUUCCUAACUUUGCCUCUUGUGUCUUGAACUGAGAGAUGGAUGCUUCUUUGGGCCAGUACUCUGCAUUUUCUUUGGGUUUUUAUGCUUAUAUCCUCUGCAGGAGUUGACUACGAAGAUUGUUCACCAUUACCUACCAUGAAUAUUAGCUGUUUGUUGAGAGAAAUUAAAGGAUUCAAAGGCUUUUGACAAGACAUAGAUCCACCUGUGGGUCAUAGGAAAAGAUGGGGUUUUUUCUCGUUGUGGAGAGGGUAGGCAAUUUGAUCAUUAAGUGGAGGAUGUUGGGCUGCAGGGGACCACAACUGGAAUCUUAGCUUUAAGGCAGAUGAGGAUUUUCACCCAACUGGAAAUUAAAUA